GUGGCUCGCGGCGAGAUCUAGACGGCAGUCAGACGUUGGUACAGUUCUGUGAUGUUUCGUGUUGUCUCAUUUCUACGAAAUCUGGAUUCGACGAAUAUCGCACUUACGGUGACUUCUGUGGUGAUCGUGUGCUCUUAAUAAGGAUUCGUACUAACGUCAUAUCGAGUUAUUCCGUGGAAUACUUCACAACAAAAAUCAACAGGUGUGGAUACUCCAGCGGCCAGGCAUCAUACAUACAUCGUCUGGUCGUAUUUUUCUAGUAUCGACCACACUGCCAUGCCGGAUAUGAGCCGGAUAAAAUUUCCCAUCGGACUGUAAACUUGUAUCUCGUGCAGGUACUAUUACCUUGCAAGUUGAUACACUGUCUUCGUAUGUUAGUUGGCGUCUUGCACUGCAAUGCCUCCUCACAUGCCUGACCCGAGUCAUCACGCGUUUGGCUAUCUGCUAGAGUCUGAACCAAUCGUUCAGUCUUCAGAAGGAGCUUCGAGGGUGAAAUGUGUAUUAGUCGGGGAUGGGGCAAUCGGAAAGACGAGUCUGGUGGUUAGCUACACGACCAACGGCUACCCUACCGAAUAUGUACCAACGGCAUUUGAUAACUACUCGGUGAUCGUAAACGUUGACAACCAACCAGUGAGACUACAGUUGUGCGAUACUGCUGGACAGGAUGACUUUGACUCGCUGCGGCCGCUCUGCUACCCGAACACAGACGUCUUCCUGCUCUGCUUCAGCGUCGUCUCGCCGACAUCGUUCAACAACAUCGUCGACAAGUGGCUGCCGGAGAUCCGCGGCCACUCGCAGCACGCGCCCGUCAUGCUCGUCGGCACGCAGUGCGACCUACGCAACGACGUCAAGGAGCUCAUCGAGCUGGCGCGCUACGACGAGCGGCCCGUCUCCGAGGCGAGCGGCCGCCAUCUUGCCGAGCAGAUCGGCGCGCUGCGCUACAUCGAGUGCUCGGCGCUGACGCAGCGCAACCUCAAGGAGGUGUUCGACUCGGCGCUGCUCACCGCGCUCCGCACGAACGGACACUUUCACGACGACGGCGACGGUGCAGGAGGAGGAGGAGGGGGGGAGAAGGCGGUGACGCGGCGGGAGAAGCUGCGGGCGUUGGUGAGCGCGCGGAACAACAACGAAACGAAGCAGAAGAGCCGCGAGGUGGCGCUGUCGUCGGCGUCGUCGUCGUCGGCGUCGGCGGCGACGACGCGGAAGGGCUGGAAGAAGUGGUUCUGCUUUCUAUAGCGUCACGGGAACACUCCUGGGUUGACGUCGCAACGGAACUUUGCGUGGCGGCUACCAGCCCGGGAAGGGCUGGAAGAAGCUGUUCUGCUUUCUAUAGCACGUUGAGAUCGUGCAGCCCCUCUGCCUGUUGCCUCUGGGGUAUAGUGAAUGAGAUCGCACGACCCCCUGCGUGGUGGCGCCGGGGUAGAACGAGACUGCAUGGGCACUCCUGCAGGGUGGCGCCGGUGGCAGAACAGCGAGUUCCAGCCCGAGCUCUGACUGUACGUUACCCGCGUGCGUGCGUCACUGUCGCCGGACCCAGUGUUGUGAUGAGGUCGGGUGGGUGCCUGGCAGCUCGAAUCCACGUGUGCAAACAGAGAAGCAGGGGUUGUCUUGUGCAUAGGCGCUGGGCACCCUAGUACACAAGUCUUUCAGAAGUGUGAGGUUGCAUUCAUGCCUGGAUGCGCGGCUGAGUCGUCCCCCGUUGGGAGGUUUUUAUGUCUUAUUUACCCAUAGCAGUGGGUGGGAGCAGAGAGACUAGCUAACGAUCUGUGCGCGUCCAUGUGUGCGUGUGUGCAUGCGCGUCUGUGUGCGUGUGAGGAAGAGAAAUUGUUGGUUGCGAAUUAAAUUCUUUUGACUGCUGAAAGGGAGUAAGUGUUGAGCGUACGAGAGGAGGUGGUGAUUGCCUCUGGUGAUUUGGCUGGCGUAGCCUGAUGUUUUGUUCUGCUAGUCCAUGUACAGUGACGAAGAAUCCUGGUUUAAAAUUGUGCUUUGCCAUUCAUGGGCAAGUUGAGAAACCUUCUAUGAUGCGAAGCAAGCCAUAUUUCCCGAUGGAUCGACAGAAUAUGGCAAUGUGCACGUGCAUUAUUAAGGCGCCCUUCGGCAACGGAUCAUUAGCUUUGAAAUUGAAUUACCCGAUUCGUAUAUAUAUCUGCUGCGAGCCAUCCUGUUGGGUUGCUGCUGAUGUAGUUGUAUUUACUCAUACUAUUCCCACAGAGCUCAGAGAUGUGACUGUGUUCAUGCAUAAUACAUGUGAAGCUGAAUGCCAUAUAAGGGUAGUAAUGCCAUAUUAGGGCAGGGUAAAUUGCUAUAGUCGCAUACAUAUACAGUAUAUACCCACAUCGUUGUUGUACGUGUCGGUCUAAGCUCGAACGAACAUAGCCUCUUGUUGGCAUUUCGAUUUUUCAUAGGGUUCGCUUUAAUAUGUGCACGUCGCAUUGCCUACCUUAUAUAUAAAAACUACUAGUUUUCUCGUUUUUUGUUCUUAAUAGCUGUGGAUGAUGCACGGUGUAUGACAAAUCAUUCGCUAUAAUUGUUACAUUCCAACGCGAUUUAUACUGGUUUGCUACUAGUCCUGUCUUCUUGUUAAGAGCUGCUGUUCGUCGAAACCAGUAGUGGAUAGCCUUGACACGAAGUGUGGGUUUAUCGUAUUUCUCUCUACCAAUCUCUCUGGCUGGUGAUGUCUAAUAACUAGCCGAAUAUAAUUGCAUGUAAUCUAAGCUCGCCCCUGUAACCUGUAAUUGUGAUAUGGAUAAAAGAACUCCCCUGCUAGCUAGCAGCAGUUGCAACUCUGCACUCGCCUUUCGAUACCUAUCUGUCAUUCGUCUGGUUGAGAAAAGUGCCACCUGUCUCCAUGGUGAUUAUGGAAGCUGGGCCCGCGUACGGAGAUGUGGGGUGUGGCUUUGGAAGGCGUGCUUGGCACGAGGCUUGCAGACGGGACGGUGUAAAGUACACGUAUAACCGUUUGCUCAAUUGCUUUAAUGUUGAUGGCAAGUUUUUUUUUAUCAAUUUGUUGUAUAUUUAUGCUGUAACGAGGGGGGGGUGAGACGAUGUACAUACGGUUGAAGAAACGUUUCGAACGUGUUCGGGUAUGAUGGUAGACUCACUGCCAUCGGUACCUUUUUAGUUGACCUCGUUGCUUUUGCCGAGUUGUUUUCUCUCGGCUGUAUUGAAGUUUUAUGGCCAUUUGUUCAUGCUAGGCCGGCCAUUACGUUAGUACACACAGUACGAAAGACACACACGCGCGGCAAGAAGUUAUUUGUGAAAUGCCUUGUGUUAAAAGCGAGUGUUCUGCGCGACCGCUGCACCCAUUCUAUCGACGGUCCUAUGUCAACAUAGGCCCUGUUCGUCUAUUUUUUUCUUAGAAAAACGCCUUAAAAAACAUAACUUUGAAACAUUUCUCGCCGUCGUGUUGAAUUUAAAUGGUGCUGUGUGAACUAGAGUAAGAGUAUAUGUAUGUUUUCAGGCAGGUUAUUUCUGUGGGGGGUGGGGGGGGGCGUUUCGACGCAGUGAGUUCAGUAGUAGUGGUGGUUAGCUCUACACGUGGGCAGAAUUCCGCAUAUUCAAGGUGGUCUAUACCUAACCUAACGCGUUCACAUAACGUACGCCCAGUGUGCGUGUACUAGCGGCCUGCGUGUGUUCGCACGUUUAGGGUUUUACUCCGCAGCGUAGAAGAACGCCGAUCAUACUAUGAGCGGCUGCUCGAGCCAGUUGCUAAGCGGGAUCAGCAGUAGUUAGUGAGUGUGGUCCGAGUGGAUGGGGUGUCUUGUACAGCACCUGUGAGCACCUGGUGUGUGUAUAGCCCGAUAGGAAAUUACAGCGAUCACGGAUCCCUCUUGCUACUAGCUCUGCCGUCUGUGUAAAAAGGCCGCGCUCGAGUCGGUCGGCGUUUUUCUUCAUUACGCUAAAAGUCCGAGGUAUACUCGCCAUGCAAAACCUGUAUUUCCGCCGCACGCGGAUGUCGUUUGAUGUCAAGAACUACAUGAUUAGCCUCGCUGCGCGUACUUACUAAGUGUAAAAAAUUUAAAUCGGUUAAAAUUUAAUCGGUACGUCUAUGUGCAUUAACUCGUAUUAAAACACUGUACGUCGCCUUGUUGAUGCGUACUGGCGUUUUUAAAGUUGCAUUACGAUCGUUGCCACUUUGCUGCAAGUAGUAGUGCUACGUAUUUCGAAGGUCACAAAUAUAAUACAUUCCUACAGUUGUAUCGCAUUCCUGGUUAGUGUAUUUUAAUGUAGGUCUUGGGUCCCGUUAUUCAAGUUCUUGUGUAUUUUAAAUUUCAUUGGCGUCGUUUUUGGCGCAUGCUUGUAUAAAUUUCUAUGAAAUAAUAUGAUUUACUGUGAAAUAAACUUGGUUUAUAUUUAAUUACCUUA